CCCGUACACGGCGAUCAGUGACGUCAGCGGGGCUUUAUAAGAGCCGCUGUGAUGGGACAGACCCAGAAGCUCCACCGACCCGCCGACAGACAGACAGACCGACAGACAGGUGAUGAAGAUGGUCUCCUCCUCGCGCCUCCGCUGCCUCCUCCUGCUCCUCCUCUCUCUCACCGCCUCCAUCCGCUGCUCCUCCGCCGCCCAGAGAGACGCCAAACUCCGCCUGCUGGGCUCCAAACAGGACUUGUCUCGCUCCGCCCUGGCGGAGCUGCUCCUGUCGGACCUCCUGCAGGUGGAGAACAAGGUUCUGGAGGAGGAGGACUUCCCUCUGACCGAAGGAGAACCCGAAGAUGUCCGUGUGGAUCUGGAACGAGCCGCCGGCGCCGGGCCGCUGCUCGCCCCCCGCGAGAGGAAAGCCGGCUGCAAGAACUUCUUCUGGAAGACCUUCACUUCCUGCUGA